GGCGGGCGGGGUAGGAGCGCAUCGCGGGCGGGGCGCGCGGGGGGGGCGCGGGACAACUGGCGGACGGAGACGGCGGAUGGCGCCCGGCCCCUCGGUUUCUUCUAGAAAGCCCCGACUGGUGUCUCCUGGGAAGGUUUCCUAUGCCAACUUGAAUGUUUCUGCUUGCAGGGGCCCCUGUCCCCUGAUGCUGUCCAAGCGUGGAGGAAGGAGGCAAGGCUGAGCAUGGACCAGGGAGAGGCCUCCCCUCCUCCUGUACCUGCAGAACUCGAAGUGAAAUGUGACACCAGUAACAAUGAAGACGAGGGAGAAUUAUUUGACUUUGACAGUGGAGAUGAAAUUCCGGAAGCGGAUCGGCAAGCCCCGUCUGCCGAUGGGACGAGUGGGGCUGAUGCAGGAGAUGCAGACGAGAACACGUCCCCUGCAGGAAAUGGAACUGGAGCCGAACCUGCCCCCGAGGCAGAGCCUGCAAAGCUUGUGGCCCCAACAAAAGUGAACCCGUAUUCUGUCAUUGACAUCACACCGUUCCAGGAGGAGCAGCCACCGUCUCCAGACGCGAACACAGAGGAGGAAGGGGUGGGCCUGCGUGUGCCCAGUGGUUACUCCGUGCCUGUGCCCUGUGGCUAUGCUGUCCCAUCUAACCUGCCAUUGCUGCUGCCUGCCUACUCCAGUCCUGUCAUCAUCCGAGCGGAGUCUGUAGAGGAGGAAGAAGCAGCAGAAGUUGCUGGUGAUGGGCAGUGCAAUUCCUUAAGCUCCGAGGACCUUCCACACAGCGGUGAUCAAGGCAGCCAAGAAGGCAGUGCCCUGGCCCGGUGGGCAGCCGACCCUGCCAACACAGCAUGGAUGGAAAAUCCAGAGGAAGCAAUUUACGAUGACGUUCCAAGGGAAAACUCAGACUCUGAACCAGAUGAAAUGAUUUACGAUGACGUGGAAAACGGCGGCGAAGGUGGAAACAGCUCGCCGGAGUACGGGUGGAGUUCCAGCGAAUUCGAAAGCUACGAGGAGCCAAGCGAUUCAGAGGGCAAGAACGGGAUUCCCAGGUCCUUCCUACGCAGCAGCCACAAAAAGCAACUCUCUCAUGACCUAACCCGCUUUAAGGCGCACUGUGAGGAAAAGAUGAGAGGCUUGGUGGCCAGUACGGUGGGAGCCAUGGAGGUGCAGCAGGCAAAGCAGAGGCAGGAGCGGAAGAUGCAGAAACUUAUGAAAGCAGCCAAGGAGGGCACCAAAGAUGGGCUAGAGAAGACCAAGGCUGCCGUGAAGAGAGGCCGCUCCUUCAUCAGGACCAAGUCCCUGGUCUGUCAAGAUCACAGGUAUUAUUUUGAAGAAGAGCAGAAUUUGUUCAUUGAUGUUGACUGCAAGCACCCGGAAGCUGUCCUCACCCCAAUGCCCGAGGGCUUGUCUCAGCAGCAGGUUGUGAGAAGAUACAUUCUGGGCUCCAUUGUUGAGAGCGAGAAGAACUAUGUCGAUGCUCUCCGAAGGAUUUUGGAGCAAUAUGAGAAGCCACUGUCAGAGAUGGAGCCACGGCUCCUGAGUGACAGGAAGCUCAGGAUGGUAUUCUACCGCAUCAAAGAGAUCCUGCAGUGCCAUUCCAUGUUCCAGAUUGCGCUGGCCAGUCGUGUGUCUGAGUGGGAUGCCGUGGAAACAAUCGGCGACGUUUUUGUGGCCUCGUUCUCCAAGUCCAUGGUGCUGGACGCUUACAGCGAGUACGUGAACAACUUCAGCACAGCUGUGGCUGUCCUCAAGAAGACGUGUGCCACCAAGCCUGCCUUCCUUGAGUUCUUAAAGCUGAGCCAGGAUUCCAGUCCAGACCGAGUCACACUCCACAGCCUUAUGAUGCGGCCCAUCCAGAGGUUCCCACAGUUCAUCCUCCUGCUGCAGGACAUGCUGAAGAACACGGCCAAAGGACAUCCUGACAGGCUGCCCCUUCAGAUGGCGCUGACAGAGCUGGAGACCCUGGCGGAGAAGCUGAACGAGAGAAAAAGAGAUGCUGACCAGCGAUGCGAAAUGAAACAAAUAGCAAAAGCCAUAAACGAAAGAUACCUGAACAAGCUCCUCAGCAGUGGAAACCGGUACCUCAUUCGAUCCGACGACGUCAUCGAGACAGUUUACAACGACAGGGGAGAGAUCGUCAAGACCAAACAGCGCCGGAUCUUCAUGCUGAAUGACGUGCUGAUGUGUGCCACCGCCAGCUCACGGAACUCUCAUGAAAGUCAUGCCGUGAUGAACCAGAGGUACCUGCUCAAGUGGAGUGUCCCUCUAGGACACGUGGACGUGAUUGAGUACAACGGAGGUUCUGGCGCCGGGGAGCACAGUCGGCCCCACGUUGCACACUCACCCGAGAGCCUGGCUGUGGUGGCCAAUGCGAAGCCACACAAAGUUUACAUGGGGCCAGGGCAGCUGUACCAGGAUCUGCAGAACCUCCUGCAUGACCUGAAUGUUGUUGGCCAGAUCUCUCAGCUGAUAGGAAACCUCCGAGGAAGUUAUCAGAACUUAAACCAGUCAGUAGCCCACGAUUGGACGUCGGGCUUACAACGGCUCAUCCUGAGGAAAGAAGAUGCAAUCAGAGCUGCCGACCGCUGCAGGAUUCAAUUACAGCUCCCGGGAAAGCAGGACAAGUCAGGGCGGCCCACGUUCUUCACUGCUGUGUUCAAUACGUUUACACCAGCCAUCAAGGAGUCCUGGGUCAGCAGCCUGCAGAUGGCCAAGCUGGCCCUUGAGGAGGAGAACCAUAUGGGAUGGUUCUGUGUGGAUGAUGAUGGCAACCUAGCCAAGAAGGAGACACACCCUCUCCUGGUGGGACACAUGCCUGUGAUGGUGGCCAAGCAGCCAGAGUUCAAGAUUGAAUGUGCAGCUUAUAACCCCGAACCUUACCCGAGCAAUGAAAGUCAACCGGCCUCACCCUCCACAGCCCGUGGCUUCCUGUGGAUCGGGAGCUGCAGCAAUCAGAUGGGUCAGGUCGCCAUUGUCUCCUUCCAAAGUUCCAAUCCCAAAGUCAUCGAGUGCUUCAAUGUGGAGUCGCGCAUCCUGUGUAUGGUGUACGUUCCAGCACAGGAGCCGAAGCCCCAGGAGCCCACUGAAGCCAAGGAUCCAGAGGCCACCGCCUCCAGAGCACCCCAUGUGCCCACCAUCUGCCUGGGCACAGAAGAGGGAAGCAUUUCCAUUUAUAAAAGCAGCCAGGGAUGCAAGAAGGUGCGGCUUCAACAUUUCUACACGCCGGACAAGUCCACUGUCAUGAGCCUGGCCUGCUCCCCGCAAGGCCUGUAUGCAGGCCUGGUCAAUGGGUCUGUAGCCAGCUACACCAAGGCUCCAGAUGGAUCCUGGAACUCGGAACCCCAGCAAGUGAUCAAGUUGGGUGUCCUGCCAGUCAGAAGCCUUCUCCUAGUAGAGGGUGCACUCUGGGCGGCCUCAGGAGGGCAGGUGUUCGUGGCCAGCUUGGAGACUCACACUAUAGAGAAUCAGCUGGAGGCCCACCAAGAUGAAGGGAUGGUCAUCUCCCACAUGGCUGUGGCUGGGGUCGGCAUUUGGAUCGCCUUCACCUCGGGGUCCACCCUUCGCCUCUUCCACACAGAGACCUUGAAGCACCUGCAGGAUGUCAACAUUGAUGCCCCCGUGCAUAGCAUGUUGCCAGGGCACCAGCGUCUGUCUGUGACCAGCCUGCUCGUCUGCCACGGCUUGCUCUUGGUUGGUACCAGCCUGGGGGUUGUGGUGGCCCUGCCAGUCCCUCGGCUUCAGGGUAUCCCCAAAGUGACAGGGCGAGGCAUGGUCUCCUACCAUGCGCAUAACGGGCCCGUAAAGUUCAUCGUCACAGCCACAGCGUUUCAGAACAAGGACAGAGCCAGGGACAGCCCACGUUCUGGUUCUGAGCUUCAGGAUGAAGACCCCAAGGACUUGCUCUGCAAUGAGGAGGGUACUUCUUGCCCGGGCCAAACUGACAUCUACACAGCUGUUUGGUUGGGAGACUCCCUAGGAUUGACAGCUCAGAAGAAUGACCUGUCUUCAUCCUCGGGGUCACUGAGCCUGUCCCAUGGCUCCAGCUCCCUAGAGCACAGAUCUGUGGACAGCAGCCUGUGUGACCUGCUGAGGGACCCCAGUGCCUCCCCAAGGAGCAGGGCACAGAGCUCUAGGCGAGCCAGAGCCAGUUCAGCACUGGUGGUGUGUGGGGGCCAGGGCCACCGGCGGGUUCACAGGAAGGCCAGGCAGCCUUCUCAGGAGGACCUGGUUUCUUCAGUGAUGGUGUGGCAGAUCCCGCUGCUGAGCAUGUAGGUCAGAGGCUGCUGCCUGGCAUCAGGCAGCAAGCAAGGACAACUCUCAGCCGGAUGCAGGCCAACUGAUGGAGGCUGCAUCCAUACCACUGGGACCAACUGGAAGCAGAGUUUGGAAAAGAAAUAUGCUGUGGUCACAUGGCUUUCCUGCCUUUCUCCCAUCGCACAGCUGAGCCCAGAUGUGUUAGGGAAGCAGAGGAGCAUUCUGGCUUUUGGGUCACUGAUCGAUGAUCCAGGAUAAUGCUACAGUCUGCCCCAUCAUUCACCUGAGACGACAAGUGAGCUGGAUGCAUGGGAUCCAGACCCAUCUCAGAGAACUGACAGGGAAAUGUAGCAUCUAAUAGCAUAGGAGGUCAUUAACAAUUCUUAAAAUCAUUCUACUUGACUCAGACUCACUACUGUUAUUUAUAAUCUAUAUAUUUUUUAAAUUCCAGAAAACAGAUUGUAACAAUUUAGAAAGCCAGGUAACACACCCCAGUCCAGUCAGCUUGUUUCUUGGGGGAGGGGGUGGAAUGACCGAGGCUUUCCAAAAUAGACUGUUAUGUGUAUGUGCCCUUUAACAAAUAGUGUUUUUAUAUUGCAUUUUUUUCUAUUAAAAAUCAACAGUUAACAUUUUAGUCAAUGUACUGUUUAUAGCGUUUCACACAUAAUCUUUAAGCCAAGGUGUUCAGUGCCUGUCAACAUUGACCUCCAGCUUCCAUGCCAAAAGGUUCUUGGCUUCUCAUACUAAAUGACAUUGAUAUCUGCGUGGGACACACGCCGGCCCAGUCAUGCGGGGAUGGUGCCAGACGCAUCUCAGGUCUUCUGUGCACCUGCCGUCGGAGAGCCAUCCACAGUUGGACACGCAUUCUGAGGGGUCCAUGGUGCUGAUCCGUCAGUCGCUGCGCCCACUGCCUGCCAUCCCAAAGAACACACAGGGUCAUGUGGGACACCUGAGAAGCAGCUUCGAAUGUCAAGGAGCAUGAGUAACCCAUACACUCCGUUGCUCCGCCUGAAUUUAUACGUCAGUGUUUCGCUUACUGGAUAGAUUUAAAGAAAAAAAAAAAAAAAACAACUUUUUUUUUAAACCUAAUGCAGAUAUUCACCAGGAACAACUUCUCAGCACUUUACAAAGGACUAAAAUGAUAACUUUUAACUUAGCCAAAUAUUUUCUAAAUUGCACAUAUACCCGAGCUUUCUUAAACUGUUAGCUGCUAUCUCAUUUGAUAAAAUAAAAGACUUUUUAUUUUAGAAUACAGUA